UUAUCAAGUGGGUGGGUUCCCGAGACGCUGGAGGAUCUGAAUCGUUAUACUACCUCAAUUGGGUUGUAUCCCACGUGGCAAUGAAGGGGUGUUGCCAUGUACUGACCUGAAAAAGGUGUCCAAUUUUGUAGAUAUCUUUUUGAGUUGUGUAUCCAUGAAUCGGUGAUGGAUUAACUUCUAAUCGUUGAUUUCCAGUUUAGUUUUUCAUCUCUCAGAAACGAAUAGAAUCAAAUCUUCUGUAACAUUGGAGGGGAGAAGACAAACUUACAUUAAUAGCAAUGCACAAAGACCAUAAUAAUUCUUCCAGUGCACCAUCAACACCAAGAAUUCGCCAUCGGAGGCGUUCUAAUGAGAUUCCUCAUGAGUUAAACAAAUUGAAUGGAACCCAUUUGCUCAUUAAUGACCAUGAUAAAUACAAAUCAAUGUGGAUUCGAGCACACUCUUCUCUGUGGAUGCUUGGGGGUUUUCUGUUUAUUCUUUACUUGGGUCAUCUUUACAUUUGGGCUGCAGUCGUUGUAAUCCAAAUAUUUAUGGCUAGGGAGCUCUUUAAUCUACUCAGAAGAGCUCACGAAGAUAGGCGUCUUCCUGGGUUUAGGCUCUUGAAUUGGCAUUUUUUCUUCACCGCAGUGCUAUUUGUCUAUGGCCGCAUUAUCAGUCAACGUCUCGUGAACACAGUAACUUCUGAUAAAUUCUUCUAUAGGCUUGUGAGCGGUAUUGUCAAGUACCAGAUGGUCAUUUGCUACUUUUUAUACAUUGCAGGUUUUAUGUGGUUCAUUCUUACAUUGAAGAAGAAAAUGUACAAGUAUCAAUUUGGGCAAUAUGCUUGGACACACAUGAUUCUCAUCAUAGUGUUUAUCCAGUCUGCUUUCACUGUAGCCAAUAUUUUCGAAGGGAUCUUCUGGUUUCUUCUCCCAGCAUCACUUAUUGCUAUCAAUGAUGUUGCUGCUUAUUUCUUUGGUUUCUUUUUUGGAAAAACGCCUUUGAUCAAGUUAUCUCCAAAGAAAACAUGGGAGGGUUUUAUUGGAGCAUCGGUUACAACUGUUAUCUCAGCAUUUGUGUUAGCAAACUUAUUGGGCCAUUUCCAAUGGUUGACAUGUCCAAGAAAGGACUUAUCAACAGGGUGGCUUCAGUGUGAUCCUGGCCCACUAUUUAAACCAGUGAAUUAUUCCUUGCCAGGAUGUAUAUCUGAUUGGUUCCCUUGGAAAGAGAUAUCAGUUCUGCCAGUGCAGUGGCAUGCUUUGUGGUUGGGUUUAUUUGCAUCAAUUAUAGCACCAUUCGGAGGCUUUUUCGCUAGUGGUUUCAAGAGAGCUUUUAAGAUCAAGGAUUUUGGGGAUAGCAUACCUGGACAUGGUGGAUUUACUGAUAGAAUGGACUGUCAGAUGAUAAUGGCUGUUUUUGCCUACAUCUAUCAUCAGUCGUUUGUUUUUCCGCAAGACUAUACAGUUGAGAAGGUGUUGGACCAGAUAUUGGGGAGCCUUACUUUGGAGGAGCAGAAAGUUUUGUAUAUGAAGCUGGGGAAGAUAUUCCAAGAGAGGCAACUGAAGCCGCGGUAAAGUGUUGUAGUCGUUUGUUGAUCCAACGUCACUGUGUAUUAGGUGAUGAGAUGAAGAUUGUGUGAAGUUCUUUUCCUUGUUAAAAGUGAUUUUUGUUCUUCUUUUGUAACAGAAAAUUCUCAGAGUUGUAUGCAUUCAGAUACUGACAUCUGUAUCUUGUUAGCUUUAUUUUUUUCCUUGAAUUUUUGCUAAAGAUGCAUAUCUUGGAGGUCAUGCAUUCAAACUGAUUGUAAAACAGUUAACCAUAUUUAGAAAUGCGAUUUGAUUUCUGGUUUCGCUUUCUA